AUGACUAUGGAAGGCGGGGACUACCUGCUCUCCCUUGCCCUCCAGCCCACUCUUAGCUCAUCGCUUUCACCUGAGCUCCUUCUUACGAUGCCGAACAAUAGCCACCACGGUUCUUACCAGUACCAGUCUUCGGGCACGAACAGCCAGGGCAAUCACUACUGCUCGCGCUCGUACGAUAAUGGCGGUACCGGCUAUCACUACACGAACUCCGAUGGGAUCCUCGACGUAUACGGCUCCCAAUGGUUAUACCCACAAGUCCUCAUCAAAGUGAAGAAAGGAUACUUACUCGAGUGUCAGGCUCGGAAGUAUGCAGUGGCAUCGGCUGGUAGUUUGAAAGCAUGCGUGUACGAUAUGUGA